AAGUACCGGUCUGGAGUUGAGUUCAUGUUGCCUGUGCUACCACCACCCCUUCGGGCCAACGUCCUCCGCAUUGGUCGACUUCAUGGCGGAUCUCUCCGCCGCAACUCGGCAUUCGCGCCGCAUCGGAAACCCGAACAGGGAAUGCCCCCUCCUCUCAAGGGCAUCCGCAUCCUGGACUUGACGCGUGUUUUGGCCGGUCCGAUGGCGACCAUGCUGCUUGCGGACCUCGGCGCAGACGUUGUGAAGGUCGAGGAGACUUCUCGAGGAGAUGACACGCGCUCUUGGAACCCGCCGUCUGCUCCGACAAUUGCCUCGGCUCCUGCAGAAGCAGCCCACUUGCCGUCGGAAUCAGCCUACUUUCUCUCCGCUAACCGAAACAAACGCUCCAUGACGGUCAACUUCAAGAAGCCUGAGGGCCUCGAGAUCAUACGCCGGAUGGUGGCUCGGUCGGAUGUCUUGGUGGAAAACUUCGUCACCGGCAAAUUGGCGAGCAUGGGGCUUGGGUACGAGGACUGCAAGAAGAUCAACCCACGUAUGAUUUACGCGUCUAUCACCGGAUACGGACAAACAGGCCCCUACGCCGGGGCAGCUGGCUACGACGUCAUUGUCGAGGCUGAAGCCGGUCUGAUGCAUAUAACCGGAGAGAAGGGCGGCCAACCCUGCAAAGUCGGAGUAGCUGCGACGGAUAUUGCGACUGGACUAUACGCGCAUGGAGCAAUUAUGGCUGCCCUGCUUUCUCGUCAACAAACAGGGAAAGGCGUGUGGAUCGAUUGUAAUCUCUUCGAGACCCAGAUUGCUGGGCUAGCCAACAUCGCGUCGAACUAUCUCAUCGCCGGCCAAGAAGCUGGGCGGCACGGCACGUCCCACCCGUCGAUUGUGCCCUACCAAGUGUUCCCGUGUCGAGAUGGGUUUAUCAUGUUCGGGGCGGGGAACGACCGACAAUUCUCCACGCUUUGCACCAAGGUCCUUGGAAAACCUGAACUGGCGGUGGAUCCCAAAUUCAGUACCAACGCGGCUCGCGUCGAAAACCGCGCUGAAUUGAUCGGGAUCAUCGAAUCUGUGCUGAUGGAGCAAGACCGCGAGCAUUGGCUGGGCUUGUUUACUGGCCUCGGGAUACCCUUCGGUCCCAUCAAUAAUAUCGCACAGACAUUUGCUCACCCCCAGGCCCAAGCCAGGGGGAUGACGGUCGAGGUCGAGCAUCCGCGAGCAGGCAAAAUCAAGCUGGUUGCGCCAGCAGUCUCUUACAAUGGUGAGAAAAUGGGCGUGGUGCGUCCACCGCCUUGGUUGUCGCAGCACACCACAGAGGUACUGCAAGAGCUGGGCUACACUUCCGACCAAAUCCGUGAAUUCAAGUCCCAGGGCGUGGUGUGAUCUAUUUGAAUGUAUAACAUCAGCACAAGAUGUCGAACUACCACAUAUGAACUCAUUGUUCCUGAAAUUGACAGCGGAACCGGAGUCUACACGUCACCUCUGUUCGAGUGAUCCGAGGAUGCCGCGGGCACACAAAAAUAGACACAAG